AUGAGUAUCAAAAUUGAGGUUUUAGAAACUGAUAUGAGUAAUCAGUUGGAGAACUUUUGCGUGGACGUGACAAUUGAUGCCCUGAGGUGUGGCGCUGACAAGGUAAGUCUUUAAAGUUUAAGAUAACACCUUUUUCUUAGUUUUUUAAAAGUUUACUUUAUAAGAAUGUAGACAUUUUACUACAAUUAUAUAAGUAAAGGCUUUAAAAAUAAAACUUUUGCUUUUCUAGGAUGUAGCCGCUUAUUUGAAAGAUUCUCUAGAAAACAGAUUCGGCCCAACUUGGCAUUGUGUAGUAGGCAAGAGUUUUGGGUCGAGAGUUAGUUUUGAACCGGGGAACUUUAUCCUGAUGAGGUAUGGUGGGACCUCCAUCCUUAUAUUCAGAUGUGGUUCCAACAUUCGACAAUAA